AGUCAAGCAACUAUAUCGACGUGCAGGUAGCUCAUGUCAAACCUUCCCAUUUUAUUUUCUAAAAGAAAAAAGAUAUUCGUGUACAGCUGUGUUAACCGACGGACAAUCAAGCAAGACACAGGUAUAAGCGAUGGAAUCCUGUAAACGGCAAGUAAAAGAGGACUGCGAAGAGCUGCUCAGUCGUUUUCAACGUACAGAUUCUGUUCGCUUUGAAAUUUUCUCCAGAAUCUGGAGGGAGAUGAAGUUCUCGGAUAUUUUCCUUGGCACACAGUCGGACAGAGAAAAGAGAGAAUUCAGCCGUCAGAUUUUCGCCACAGCCUACCCCUUCUUAAUGCCGCCUUUCACCUUUCAGAUCCGAGUCGGAGGGUUGUAUUUACUCUACGGACUGUACCAUCACCAGCUCUCCACACCAAAGGAACAGAUCAGUCUAGCCCUAAAGGAUUGGGAAGACUUGAAGAAGUUUGAGCGCGACGCUGCUGAUGCGCAGCACGUUGAUGCAGUGUACAUCCUCAGGCACCUGUUUCUACAGAAAGCCUUCUAUUUCUCUGCUAUGCCAAUCCCGCUGACAUACCAUGUGAAGAGGAAGCCUGAGAGGAAGAUGAUGCUUGAGGACUUUAUUGAGAAGGCAUCCCGUCCACAGGAGCUGGUCAGCUUGGACCUGAUGGAGGAACUUUCCAAUGUUCACGAAGAGUACAAACGGCUCAAGGCCGUCAUCUCAUCUGCUCCGGACAAGCUAGAGCCAUCCCUCAGCCUAGUCAAGAAGGACUUGGUGCCUAUGCUACGCAGUGUUGUACUGGAUUUUUCCAAGUGGCAGAAACAACGGGAUCCUCCAAUUGUUAAGGAUGAAGACAGCGGUGAAGGAACAUCCACUCAGAUUGAAUGUUCCAGGAGAUCUGAACUUCUGGCAUCCAUCAAAUCAAGAUCCUAUGGCCAGGCAAUUGAGGUGUCCAGGUCCCGGCGUCAUCGUGUGGUAGAGAUGGAGUUGAUCAGCAACGACACCAACAUGGCAACGCAAAGGAAAAAACACGAGUCACUCAAAGAAAGAACCUUUAAGAACGUGAAGAUCAGAGGUGAAAUGGUGAGUGAAACCUUGAAGACCACGAAAAUCUGGCAAAUAAGCAACCCUGUCACAGAACAGGAAGAUUCACCAGAAAAGGACAGGACGUUCAAGUGAUGAUUUCAUUGGGAGUGACGAAGAGGGUUUGGAGACAAUGGGCGGAUGAUCCGCUGGGGCAACCCCUAAUGGGAUCAGCCAAAAGUAGUAGUAGUAGUUCAAGUGAUGAUGAACACAGAAGACCCGACUUGGUCUACAGUUUGGGCAAUCUGUGUCCAACAUGCUCCCUCACUGUGACGGAGACUUGCCAUCGAUACAGUAUUAGUUCAUAUCUCCAAAUAUUCACUAUGUCUCCACUGUACUUCUUUUAAGAGUAUAUUUGUAAUUUUGCAAAUGUCACAUUUUAUAAUUUUAUUCAUUUGAAUUGGUGUUGAAACAAGUUGCACGACUUGUUUGCAGGAGAAUGCAGGAGAUUUGUGUUUCUCAUGCUGGAGAUUUGCAAAAAAGAAUGUAAAAAAUUGAGAGGUUUUUGUAUAUUCAAGAUAUUUUUAAUAGCUUUUUAUACAACGCAUUUAAGAACAACUAAAGUUGUCCAUUGUAAUUUAAAAAAUGUAUCUAGAUGCAAUGUUGUUUUAUUAACCAUCCAUCCAUCCAUUAUCUGAACCGCUUAUCCUGUUCUCAGGGUCACGGGGAUGCUGGAGCCUAUCCCAGCAGUCAUUGAGCGGCCGCCAGGCCAUCAUAGGGCAC